ACGCCCCGCACCACAAGCCGUGCCAUGGCUGACAACUCCCAAAGCUCGCCUGGCGGUGGCGGCCACAGCCCGUCUCCUGAAAAUUAUCCCGACGUGUCCUCCAGCAACGCUUCGCCCAUCUCGGUCACCUCCGCGCUCUCCAUGUCGCACGCGCCACCCGAGGGCGCGCCCUCCGGACAGUCAGCAGCAGCUGCCGAGACCCAGACCCCGAUGCGCUCGGGGGCUGAUGUGACGCGCUCCUCGUCGGGCGCCGGCGCCAGUAAAGGUGGUUGUUGGACGUGUCGGCUCCGCCGAAAGAGAUGCGACGAAGAGCAAGAAGUGGAGGGCGGCCCGUGCAAGAUGUGUCGCCGUCUCGGCCUCAAAUGUCUAGGAUGGGGCGCGAGGCGUCCUGACUGGAUGCGAGAUAAAGAGAAGGUAGCCAGAUAUAGAGCCGAGAUCAAAGAGUUCUUGACACGGCAGGGCAAGAUCCGCGGACAACCGCGCACCGCAUAUAUGCAAAGAGACUCGCCGUAUAAUGCACCGACCACCACGCUCUCGGGGCCGUCCUCUGUCGGGCGGUAUUCGCCCCUCCAGAAUCCACGUCACACGCGGAGCCUUCCCCCCUCGCGGAACCAACUACAUACUCCAGGUGGCGCACCCUCCAUGGCAGGUAUGCACUCCCUUUCUGUGUCUCGUGAGCAUAAUCGCUUAUUGGUGAGAGUAGCGGUAGGAUCUAUGAGCCACGGAGUACACUACACCCAGCCGAUGAGCCCCGUUCACCCCAUGCAGGAGUCGUUUCCGACGAUGCCGUUCUUUCCGUAUCCCUUGUCACCUACCAUACCCCCCAACGUAACAUCGCCCGAUCUCACCGUAUACUACUUCCAGUACGUCCGGCAGCUGCAGUUCGUCUUUGCGGACGACUCUCUCACGAAAACCCUGUACUCGAUCGUGCUCGAUGAUCCAGACGGUCCCGUCGCGAACGCGAUCUGUGCAUUAUCUAGUCUACAUUACACCUGCGCGCACUCGGCGCGCCAACUACAUUCUCCAAAUCUGACGCCCGAGCAAACCAUGGCGGAGCAGUACUACGACCACGCGCGCCAGCUCCUGCAUCACCAGGGACAAUACUCGGACACGGACGCGGUCGCCGCCGUGCAGCUUGCAAGCUUCCGCCUCUUCGCGGGCAGGUCGUGCGCCGAGGAGCUCGAGAUCGCCUGCGAGUGGCUCGUGCAGACGCGCAUAUCGGAGGAGCAGAACCCCAAGCUGACGCUGAUGAACAUGGACCCCAGAGCAAAGUUCGCGGCCAAGGCGACCAUGUGGCUCGAUGUUCUCGUGAGCAUCACGCUCAUGCAGCCACCACGCUUCUUCUCGCUCUAUCGGCGGCUGUUCGGCGACGGUGGCGCGGGCUUCUGGGCGGGCGCGCACAAUGCGGACUCGCGUAUGGACGCGCUUACGGGAUGCCCGGACGAGGCGAUGCUCGCCCUUGCCGAGAUCUCCGCGCUUGCGUAUUGGAAGGAGGCGGAGCUGCGGGAGGGGAAGCUGAGCGUGCGCGAGCUCGUGCAGCGCGGCGAGCACAUCGAGGCGCAGCUCCGACAACGGUCGUCUGCGCACCAUGCGGGCGAAGGCGCGAUCGCACCGCUGGAGGGCAACCUCGCGAUGAACUUUCGCCCGCCGAUGGCGGGCUUGCACGCGGAGGGCAGUGCGUCGACGUCGGCUUCGGCGUCGUCAGUGGGCAUGGGCCAACAUGUCACAGCUGACUCACGGGAGGAGGCGCGGCGCGUGCUCGUCGCGGACAUCUUCCGAGAGACAGCUGCGCUGUACCUCCACACCGUGCUGAACAACGCUUUGCCGGGUGUGCUCGAGAUCCGCGGAUCGGUCGAAAAGAUCAUGAUGCUGCUGAACCAGCUGACACCGUCGGAGUUUGACCGGGCGUUGAUGCUCCCGCUGUAUCUCGUUGGAUGCUUGUCAGGUGAUCUCGCGGUGCAUGGCAUGGUGGCGAGGCGGCUGCAGAUGCUGAGCGAUGCGUUUGGGUACCAUGCGAGGAUGUUGGGGCUGAUGGAGUCCAUGUGGCAUAACCGGAACACGAUAGGUGGGCCACAGAGUGCGAGGACGGCGGUGCCGUGGUGCGAGACUUUGAAAUGGGCAGGCUUGCUUCUGCUGUGAGCUCUGCGUCCUCAGGGAGUACGUACGAUUACACGGUCUUGCACUAAUCUUGGAUAUGUUUUGCGGUGGCGUCACUGACUGCCGUGUAAUGCUUGGUUUACCUUGAUAUAGCCUUGUCGGUGUUUCUUUUAGAUCUAGGUUACUGUAUUCUUGUAUAAGUCGCUGAACAUGCGGAUGGGCAUUCAUUAUUGAUAGAUCGCAACUCACCUUGAAUGUUGUACACGGUCGUGCGCGCACGUGAUAUGCGCCAGUCUGUCAUCUGUCAGAUACGAGGUGGGUCAUCCAGAUACCAAGGCUCUAGAUGGGGAUCGUCGCAGGCAGAGCAAGCCAAGAGCGUGCAGAACAAGUGCGCCCUGAGAUGCGAGAGGACCAGCAGAAAUUCCAGGAUAGCCAUGCACAGCCCGUAGUAUUCGACGUAGGGCUACCUGCCUUGAAG